AUGUCUUCUGGUAAUAAAGUCAAUCAUUGGAUAGAUACAUUACAGUCAGCCUGGUCUGGUGUAUUAGUUCUUCAUGGUGAUCUAAAUGAAGCAAUUUGUCAUCAUGCUGUACAUUAUUUCAUUUGGAAAAUUUAUGGUUUACCUCCAGAACGUUAUAAUAUUAUGACUGAGAAACCCGAACUGUACUUCUAUCCACUUCGUCCGGAAUUUGCUGAAUCGACAUACCUUUUAUAUAGAGCGACGAAACAUCCUUUUUAUUUACAUGUUGGCAAAGAUAUUAUGGAUGGUAUCAAUAAAUAUACUAAGGCCGAAUGUGGAUUUGCAACUAUUCAUAAUGUGAUUGAUAAAUCUAAAGAAGAUCGUAUGGAAAGCUUUUUUCUAAGUGAAACAUUGAAGUACUUAUAUUUGUUAUUCGAUGAAUCCAAUCCUGUCAAUGUGAAUGAAUAUGACUAUGUAUUCAGUACUCAAGCACAUUUAUUUCCAAUUAAACGAAUUCAAAAUUUAGUGAAAAAUCUUCAUAUGAAUCCAUUUUCUUUCCUCAAUAACUCUCAGGGUUAUGAAUUUGUGAAAAACAGCUCUUGUCCCAAUAUUAAAUUGACCACUUCUCAAUAUCCAAUGAAUGAUGAUCUUUGGAAAGCAACAGGUAUUUAUGUUAAUGCAAAAUUUGCUUCCUUACCCCAAUAUAAACUGUGA